AUGGAUAAGAGUUGGAUGCGUAAGUCACGAUUGAGUCAAGAAUACGAAGAUGGAGUUGAACAAUUCCUCAAUUUUGCAUUUGCCAACUCAAAUGAAGAUGAUAGGAUCAUUUGCCCUUGCAUAAAGUGUGUUAAUAUCCAUUGGCAAACACGUGAAACAGUGCUUGAACAUUUAGUUUGUGAUGGCAUUAUACAAGGUUACACAUGUUGGUUUUUUCAUGGAGAGCAUGUACCGUCACCUAUCCAUGAGCCAACAAACACAUUUGCAGCUCCAUCAAGCUCAAAUCCUCACUUCCAAACUUCUCGUACAAGACCAGAUAGUUUGGAAGAAUUAUUGUGGGAUGCUUUCAACAUCCAUCAAGUUGACAACGAGGGCCUACCAUCUACUGCCGAUGAAUUCAAUGUUGAGAUGAAUGAUGGAUGUGAAGCUACUAUAGAAGUUGAUGAACAGCCUUCUAAAAAAGCGGCAAAGUUUUACAAGUUGCUUGAAGAUAUGAACGACAAACUUUAUGAGGGGUCGCAGCAUUCUAGAUUGUAUUUUUGCAUUCGACUUUUCCAUCUGAAAUGCAUGUGCGGGAUGACUGCUAAAGGCCUUGACCACUUAAUUGAAUUUUUAAAAGAAUUUUUUCCCUCGGCCUCAAUUCCUGAAAGUAGUCGUGAGUCGAAGAAAGUUAUUAAAGAUUUGGGUCUUGGGUAUGAAAAAAUUCAUAGUUGUCCAAAUGACUGCAUGCUAUAUUGGGAGCAUAAUGAAGGUCGGCAAUCUUGUCAUAUUUGUGGUCGUUCUCGCUGGGUGUCCACUGAUUCUGGUGAACGUUUGAAUGAUGACAAUGAAGUGGUUCACAAGAGACCUGUGAAGGUUUUACGGUGUUUUCCAUUAAUACCACGACUGCAGAGACUUUUCAUGUCGACUAAGACUUCUGCUGAUAUGAUAUGGCAUGCUAAUGGUCGGACAAAUGAUGAGCUGUUACGACACCCUGCUGAUGCUGAGGCAUGGAAAUCAUUUGAUGCAAGAUAUCCUGACUUUGCUUCUGAUCCUAGAAAUGUUAGGCUUGGUCUUUCUUCAGAUGGGUUUAAUCCAUUCAAAUUAUUAAGUACUUCUUACAGCACUUGGCCAGUGGUGUUGAUUCCUUAUAACUUGCCACCGUGGAUUGGGAUGAAACAAACUUCUUUUCUUUUGUCAAUGAUUAUUCCUGGAGACAAAGGUCCUGGAAACGAUAUUGACAUCUACUUACAACCUCUUAUUAAAGAGUUAAAGCAGUUAUGGGUUGGUGUAGAGACGUACGAUGCAUCUGUAAGGAGAAAUUUCAAUAUGCGGGCUGCCUUGUUAUGGACUAUUAAUGAUUUCUCUGCUUACGCAAAUUUAUCAGGUUGGAGCACUAAAGGGAAAUAUGCUUGUCCUUGUUGUGCUGCGGAAACUUCUUCACAAUGGUUAACUAAUGGCCAGAAGUUUUGUUAUAUGGCACAUCGGCGGUGGCUAGAACAUAAUCAUCCAUACAGAUCUCAGAAACAUCUGUUUGACAGUAAUAUAGAGAUGCGUGGAGCUCCUUCAGUUACUACUGGAUAUGAUAUUUUAUUAAUGUUGAAAGAGUUGCAAUUUUCUUAUGGAAAGCAUGGCAAAAGCAAACUAAAAAAAUCAAACAACAAUAACAAAGCGAAGAAAAGACCACGGCAAGUAUCCGAUAUUGACUUGGAAACUGAUGAUGACGAAGUUCAGGAAGAGGAAUCAACUGAAGCAGCUUUGUGGAAGAAGAGAAGCAUAUUUUUUGAUUUACCAUAUUGGCAGCACAACCUACUUCGCCAUAACUUGGAUGUGAUGCACAUUGAGAAGAAUGUUUGUGAAAAUAUUGUUGGAACACUUCUUAAUAUUGAUGGGAAAUCAAAAGAUAAUCUAAAAUGCAGACUUGAUUUGGUUGACAUGGGAAUUCGUCGAGAGCUUCAUCCUCAAUAUCUUCCCAAUGAAGGAGCGAAAACUUCAGUCUUUAAAAUCAUACGAUUAUCACAUAUUGUUGCAUGA